UUGAGCUAUCAGAGAACAUUAGUACAAAGUAAGGGCUUUGAAGAAUGGCUUGAACUAACACAGAAUGUGUCUGAUUCAGGCCUCGGUGACCUUCUGGGACGUGGCUGUGGACUUCACCUGGGAGCAGUGGAGGGUCCUGGAGCCGGCCCAGAGGGCCCUGCACAGGGACGUGAUGCUGGAGAACUUCCAGAACCUGGUCUCUGUGGAUUCCACAGGUGAUAAAACCAGCUUUGGAACCAAAGAUUUGUGUCUAAUCGAGGGCAGUUGCAUAGGAGCAUCAUCAGAGAAGAUUCUGCCAAAGGAUACUACUGGUUAUUCCCAGAUGGGCAAAGUUAAGGAAUAUGAUAUUAAUUUAGAAGAACAGAAGGACAUUCAGGAGAAACAAUUUAGAAAAGUAACAAGCAAUGCCAGUAUGAUUUUUAGCAAUGCCAGGGUACCUCAGUAUAAAACAUUUGGGAGACAUUUUAAUCCGGGAUCAACCUGGAAAGAGACAAUGGGAAAAAGCAUCUUUAAAUAUAAGACAUUUGGAAAGCACUUCAGCCAUUUUCCUGACCUGAUUAUUUCCAAUGCUUUCUUCUUUUGGCAGAAGUAUUCUAAGUCUAACAAAUGUAGGAAACCCUUCAGUUAUCACUCAGACUUACUUAAAUUUCAUAGACUUCAUGUUAGAGAAAAGCUACACAAACAGAAUAAAUGUGGAAAAUCCCUUGGCAGAAAAUCAAAUAGUAACAAAUUGCAGAGAAUUCAUUCAGGCAAAAAAUAUUACAACCAUAGCAAAUAUCAGAAGUCCUUUAGGUACAGAAAAAGUUUGACUAAACUUAAUGCAGUUCAAAUGCGGGGGAAAUCCUUGGUUUAUAUUAAGUUUGAGAAAGCCUUCAUCAAAAAGGGACACCCGAUUGCCCAUCCGAGGAUUAAUAUUAGCAAGAAACCCUUUCAGUGUAAUGAAUGUGGGAAAAUUUUCAGUGAGAGAAAAAACCUUAUUAGUCAUCAGAGAACUCAUACUAGAGAGAAAUCAUUUUUAUGUAGUGGAUGUGGAAAAAGUUUCAGCCAGAGGGCACAUCUUAUUAGUCAUCAGAGAAUUCAUACUGGAGAAAAGCCCUUUGCGUGUAAUGAAUGUGGGAAAGCCUUCAUCCGAAGAGGACACCUUGUGACACAUCAGAGAAUUCAUACUGGCGAGAAACCUUUUGUUUGUAACGAAUGCGGAAAAACAUUCAGUGAGAGGAGAAACCUUAUUAGCCAUCAGAGGAUUCAUACUUCAGGAAAACCUUUUGUGUGCAGCGAAUGUGGAAUAGGUUUCCGGCAUCGAGUAAGUCUCAUCAUUCAUCAGAGAACUCAUACAGGAGAGAAACCAUUUGCCUGUAAUGAAUGUGGAAAGGGCUUCAGACAGCGGGGUCACCUUAUUACACAUAAGAGGAUCCAUACAGGAGAGAAGCCUUUUGCAUGCAGCGAAUGUGGGAAAACUUUCAGUGAGAGGAGAAACCUUCUUGCCCAUCAGAGAAUUCAUACUGGAGAGAGGCCCUUUGCAUGUAAUGAAUGUGGGAAAGGCUUCCGAUGCAAAGUCAGUCUUAUCACUCAUGAGAGAUCUCAUAAUGGAGGAAACCUGUUUGAAUGUAAUGAAUGUGGAAAGAGCUUCAGCUGGAAGGCAAGCCUUAUAAUCCAUCAGAGAAUUCAUACUGGGGAAAAACCAUUCACAUGUAGUGAAUGUAACAAGUCCUUCACCCGAAGGGCAAGCCUUAUCAUCCAUCAGAGAAUUCACACUGGAGAGAAACCCUUUGCGUGUAACGAAUGUGGAAAAGGCUUCAGCCAAAGGGGGCACCUUAUUACACACCAAAGAAUUCACACUGGAGAGAAACCCUUUGAAUGUAGUGAAUGCAGGAAAACCUUUAGUGAGAGGAGAAACCUUAUUACUCAUCAGAGAAUUCACACUGGAGAGAAGCCCUUUGCAUGCAACGAAUGUGGAAAAGGUUUCCAAUGCAAAGUGAGCCUCAUUACCCACCAGAGAACUCAUGGUAGAGAGAAACACUUUGCUUGUAAAGAAUGUGGGAAAGCCUUCGGUGAAAGGGCACACUUUAUUACCCACCAGAGAACUCACACUGGAGAAAAACCCUUUGAAUGUAUUGACUGUGGGAAAGCCUUCAGUGUGAGGGGAAGCCUUAAUAGACACCAAAGAACUCACACUAGAGAGAAACUCUUUGAAUGUAACGACUGUGGGAAAGCUUUCAGCCAGAGAGGAAAUCUUAUUAGCCAUCAGAGAACUCAUUCAAGAGAAGCACCAUUUGCUUGUAAUGAAUGUGGUGUUUCCUUUAUCAGGAGGACACAUUUUAUUAAACAUCAGAGAACUCAUCCUGGAAAGGAACGUUUUGCACAUAAUGAAAGCGGGACAGCCAUCAUUGACCAGGAACUGCUCAAAAGCCAUUACAGGAGUCAUGCUGGAGACAAACCCUUUGCAUGUGACGAAUGUGGAAAAGCCUUUAACAAGAGAGGAUACCUCAUUAGACAUCAGAGAAAUCAUAAAGGAGUAAAACAUUUUGAAUGCAGUUAGGAUAAAGAGUAGCCCAAGAGAGUUCAAUAUUAGUGUGGCGGAAGGUAUCCAGUCCAGUCCCCCGGAAUCUCUGCGUGGCCCUAUGCUAUUGAAGUCAGUGACUUAGAAGACACAAUCGUCCAAUUUUCAGAUUAUCCAAAAGUGAGAGGGAUUGCUAACAUACUGUAUGGCAAAGCCAGGAUCCAAAAAAAAUCUUCUCCAGUUUGGGCAAUGGGCUAUACACUAAGAAGAUGACAUUCAAGAGGGAGACAGGCAUUCAGGAGCUUUUGCCAAUCAAUUAGGAAGCGUUUAUUAUGUGGGAGCUCAUGGGAGCUUUCUUCAAAAAUUUGAUGGACUAUCGAGUGAAAGGUAUGUUCUGAUUGCCCCCACAGUCAAAGUUGAGCCAUGGGAUGGGGAUGCAUUGAAAUAUAUUGCAUUGAAAUUCAGCUCGCAUUAAGGAAAUAAUACGGAAAGAUCACAACUGUUAGAAGACGAGAGGGACUGGGUUAACCUUUCUGGCCUCAAAUUAGGCUCUAGUAAUCUAAAACGUAUUAAGCAUCUACUCUCCAGGUACAGCUGGGAGACAGAAAUCUAGAUUUUUAAGGUAAACAGGCUGUGGGAAAUAGGAUGGCUGCAAAGUUGGCUGAUGCAGCUGAUGGUAAGCAGCCAGCCAGCAGCUUGGUCAUUGAAUUUGUAGCUCAAUCCACUCAUCAGCAGAGAAAGUUUGAGCCCAAGAUGCCCCAGGAACUGGAGGUAUUUUUUUUGGCUUUCCUGUGAUUCUUUUUCAUGCAAGGAGAAGGAUUCAGCAUCAGGGCGGAUAGAAAGAUAACGAGUAGACUGCUGAAAGGGAUGGAGCAUCUUCUGGAAGCUCUUCGAUAUGGGGGUGAGCUCAGUUUUCAGUCCUGCUCUAAACAGACCAGGCUAGUUUUGCAAACCUAGGGUCCCUGCCAUAUAACUGGGCUGGUUAUACCUUUAAAAACAACUACCGCCAUUAACCAACAAAUGUGAAACUGACUUCAAGACAAUGGGUCCGGGGACUAGGCAUUAAUCUACUGAUACAACUUUUUGUUCUCCUAACUAUAAAAUCCAGUACACUGGGGGCAGUCAGGGCUUUC